AUGGACCAGCCAGAGGCCCCCUGCUCCAGGCUCUCUACCCUUGUCCACAUCCUUCCUCACCCUCACCCCCAGGCUCAGGAGUCUAAGGACUGCCUCCCCACAGAGGGCAUUUUGUCUGCUGCCAUAGAGGCCAGUUCUGCUUCGGGCUCGGGAAGAGAGGGAAAAGAAGGAAAGGGAGGAAAGAGAGUUCAGGGUCUCUUGGAAAUACUUUCCUCAGGGCAUGUGACCUGGCCUGGGGCAUGGAAGAACAGAAGCAGAAAGGGAGGUGCAGGGGAGGAAGGCCCCCAGAGCUCAGGUCGGCGGUGGCCAGUGCCCACUUCACCCUCAGAGGGCGAAGAACACCAAGAUGCCCUGACCCGGGUCCGGGGACGGAGGAGGGCAAAGUCUGGGGUCACUCCCCGUUGCCCCCUUCCCCCACCCCAUGCAUCCAGCUUGGCCCAGGGCUCCCUGAGGCCCUGCCCGCGGUGGGUUCUCGAAUGCCAGAGUCGGGGGUGGGCGGGGGUCACCCGAGGGCCGCUCCCAGAUGACCCACGCCCGCUCUCCAGCACGGAGCUGCGCCUCGCGGUGGCCCGCGAGCUGCUCCUGGCUGCGCUGGAGGAACUGAGCCAAGAGCAGCUGAAGCGCUUCCGCCACAAGCUGCGCGACGUGGGCCCGGACGGACGCAGCAUCCCGUGGGGGCGGCUGGAGCGCGCGGACGCCGUGGACCUCGCGGAGCAGCUGGCCCAGUUCUAUGGCCCGGAGCCUGCGCUGGAGGUGGCCUGCAAGACCCUCAAGAGGGCGGACGCGCGCGCCGUGGCGGCGCAGCUCCAGGAGCAGCGGCUGAGGCGGCUCGGGCUCGGCUCCGUGGCGCUGCUCUCCGUGUCCGAAUACAAGAAGAAGUACCGGGAGCACGUGCUGCAGCUGCACGCCCGGGUGAAGGAGAGGAACGCCCGCUCCGUGAAGAUCACCAAGCGGUUCACCAAGCUGCUCAUCGCGCCCGAGAGCGCCGCCCGGGAGGAGGAGGCGCUGGGGCCUGCGGAGGAGCCCGAGCCGGGGCGCGCGCGUCGCUCGGACACGCACACUUUCAACCGCCUCUUCCGCGGCGACGAGGAGGGCCGGCAGCGGCUGACCGUGGUGCUGCAGGGCCCGGCGGGCAUCGGCAAGACCAUGGCGGCCAGAAAGAUCCUGUACGACUGGGCGGCGGGCAAGCUGUACCAGGGCCAGGUGGACUUCGCCUUCUUCAUGCCCUGCGGCGAGCUGCUGGAGCGGCCGGGCACGCGCAGCCUGGCUGACCUGAUCCUGGACCAGUGCCCCGACCGCGGCGCGCCGGUGCAGCAAAUGCUGGCCCAACCGCAGCGGCUGCUCUUCAUCCUGGACGGCGCGGACGAGCUGCCCGCGCUGGAGGGCCCUGAGGCCGCGCCCUGCACAGACCCCUUCGAGGCGGCGAGUGGUGCGCGGGUGCUGGGCGGGCUGCUGAGUAAAGCGCUGCUGCCCACGGCCCUCCUGCUCGUGACCACGCGCUCCGCGGCCCCCGGGAGGCUGCAGGGCCGCCUGGAUUCCCCGCAGUGCGCCGAGGUGCGCGGCUUCUCUGACAAGGACAAGAAGAAGUAUUUCUACAAGUUCUUCCAGGACGAGAGGAGAGCCGAGCGCGCCUACCGCUUCGUGAAGGAGAACGAAACGCUGUUCGCGCUGUGCUUCGUGCCCUUCGUGUGCUGGAUCGUGUGCACCGUGCUGAACCAGCAGCUGGAGCUCGGCCUGGACCUGUCGCGCACAUCCAAGACCACCACGUCCGUGUACCUGCUUUUCAUCGCCAGCGUGCUGAGCUCGGCUCCGGUAGCCGACGGGCCCCGGGUGCAGCGCGACCUGCGCAAUCUGUGCCGCCUGGCCCGCGAGGGCGUCCUCGGACGCAGGGCGCAGUUUGCCGAGAAGCAACUGGAGCAACUGGAGCUUCGUGGCUCCAAAGUCCAGACGCUGUUUCUCAGCAAAAAAGAGCUGCCUGGCGUGCUGGAGACGGAGGUCACCUACCAGUUCAUGGACCAGAGUUUCCAGGAGUUCCUCGCGGCACUGUCCUACCUGCUGGAGGACGAGGGGGUGCCCGGGACCGCGGCUGGCGGCGUUGGGACGCUCCUGCGUGGUGGGGACGCCCAGCCGCAUAGCCACUUGGUGCUCACCACGCGCUUCCUCUUCGGACUGCUGAGCGCGGAGCGGAUGCGCGACAUCGAGGGCCACUUCGGCUGCGUGGUCUCAGAGCGUGUGAAGCAGGAGGCCCUGCGGUGGGUGCAGGGACAGGGGCAGGGCUGCCCCGGAGUGGCACCAGAGGUGACCGAGGGGACCAAAGGGCUCGAGGACACGGAAGAGCCAGAGGAGGAGGAGGAGGGAGAGGAGCCCAACUACCCACUGGAGUUGCUGUACUGCCUGUACGAGACGCAGGAGGACGCGUUUGUGCGCCAAGCCCUAUGCCGGCUCCCGGAGCUGGCGCUGCAGGGAGUGCGCUUCUGCCGCAUGGACGUGGCUGUUCUGAGCUACUGCGUGAGGUGCUGCCCUGCUGGACAGGCCCUGCGGCUGAUCAGCUGCAGCCUGGUUACUGCGCAGGAGAAGAAGAAGAAGAGCCUGGGGAAGCGGCUGCAGGCCAGCCUGGGUGGCAGCAGUUCUCGAGACACCACAAAACAACUGCCAGCCUCCCUUCUUCGUCCACUCUUUCAGGCAAUGACUGACCGGCAGUGCCGUCUGACCAGCCUCACGCUGUCCCACUGCAAAGUCCCUGACGCAGUCUGCCGAGACCUCUCUGAGGCCCUGAGGGAAGCUCUAGCACUGACAGAGCUGGGCCUCCUCCACAACAGGCUCAGUGAGGCAGGACUGCGUAUGCUGAGUGAGGGCCUAGCCUGGCCCAAGUGCAGGGUGCAGACGGUCAGGGUACAGCUGCCCAGCUCCCAGCAAGGGCUCCAGUACCUGGUGGGUAUGCUUCGACAGAGCCCCGCCCUGACCACCCUGGAUCUCAGCGGCUGCCAACUGCCUGCCCCCAUGGUGACCUACCUGUGUGCAGUCCUACAGCACCAGGGAUGCGGCCUGCAGACCCUCAGUCUGACCUCUGUGGAGCUGAGUGAGCAGUCACUACAGGAGCUUCAGGCUGUGAAGAGAGCAAAGCCGGAUCUGGUCAUCGCACACCCAGCGCUGGACGGCCACCCAGAACCUCCCAAGGAACUCAUCUCAACCUUCUGAGGCACUGGUGGCCAGAGCAGGGUGGAAGACCGUAGUCAAAGUCCCUAUGGAGAGAACGGCCCGUUCCAAGGGCGGGAGGACAUUGCUGUCAGCCUCUGGGAAACUUCUGAGCCGAGAGGCCCCGGACAGGCACGUGGAGGCCCAGACAUGGCACCCUGCCCCAUCCAGGACAAGUCCAGGGUCUGCCCCUCUCUCCAUACACUGGGGGACCCCUUCUCCCCCAGCCCCACCACUACUGCACCCACCUUCCUCUCCUGGGCCCCUCCAGCCAUUCCCCUUGAAGACACCCCCCAACCAACCCAAGCCAUAGUAAUGAUGGUGAGAGCUCCUACCUGGGGCACAAUGACCCUCCUCUGCCCGACCCCCAUCUGCAGUGUGGCCCAGCAGCCCCCAGGACUGUGCCCCUGUAGACUGAAGGUAGGCAGGUCACCAUCCCUCCCUGUUAGGAAUGAGACCAUCCCUGAGGCUGUGGUCCAGACCCAGAGGUGUCCAGUGUCUGAGAUCUUUGGGAAGGGAGACUAGGGCAGGGGAGAGACACAGCAGAACCCCCGUGCUGGGUGGGAGGCAUGACCACGUGGUGGGUGAGCAGCCCCCAUGCGCUGAUGGUAAAUUCUCCUGUGCACUCA